UUUACAAAACUUUUAAAGCAAAGGUUGUCUUGGAAAUUUAUUCAGUAUUUAUACUUUCUGUAGUGGGCUUCAGAUAUUGAAACUGACGUCGCUCCAAGCAAACGAAAUGUAAACAUAUUUAUAUAUACUAAGCAUAAAUUAGAACGUUCCAUUCGUUCUGUUUACUCCCACCCAGAUUUUGUAAAGGAUUAUCGGUGGCCGCAAUGGAAAGUGGGUCGACUGCCAAGACGGGCGAUUUCUUUUACGGUUGGGAUCUGCUGUACAAGACCGUUAAGGCUGAUGUCUCCAAGAAGUCAGACCUUUUGAUUGCCCUCGUCCAUUUUCUUUUGACCAAGCAUUACAACUUCCGAUGCGUUGGCGUUGGCGAUGAUAAAACCUUGCCGGAGGAGGAGGGCAGUGAGCUGCUGCCGGACAGCUGGAAUGAUGACGAUACCAAGUACUCGCUGCGCUACGUGCACGAUAAGAUGCUGUAUUUGCUGCUGGGCCACAUCACCGAGGGCUCCCUGCUGAUCAACCUGUUGGACAUCAACACUAAGAAGGUAUCCAACAUCUGCGUAGAACCAGAGACCCUGGUACCUGAGGUCAAGGGAGGCAUCACCACCAUAAUGCCGAGUGCCUCAGAGAUUGUUGAACGCUACCGUAGGGAGCUUCUAGACCCUGUAUUCACGGGAAACUCGCGCGAAGUUACCACGCAGACGACCAACUCACCACGCCCCAUUGGAUCGGAUCCAGAUCCCUUGCGCAUCGGCGAGCCAAGGCGUGGCGGAUCCUUCAUUCCAAGUGCAUUCGAGCCUCGCCCUUUUGGAUUUCCGGACGUUGGACGCGGGGAUCUCGAUCCACUGGGUCGCGGUGGUCAUGGUAACCUGUUCAGCUUUCCAUCACGCCCAAAUAUGGGCCCGGGACCCGUGCCCCGCUUCGACCCGUUCAAUCCCCUGAACCCGAAUAGGCCGGGACAGGGUGGAAUCAAUCCAGAUCAUAUGCGCCCACCAGAUUGGAAUCCCGAUUACUACAUGUAAUUACCAGGAAUGCCAUGUAUAGUGAGCAAUUCAAAUCUUUAGUUUAAAGCAAUGAAAAAAGUUUUCAUUUUAGAAGACCAAAAUUAAACGGAUUGUUUUAAAAGAUUAUUUUUAUUACGUUGCAUACACAAUACAGAAUAUUACAGAAUUUUACAGAUAUAAAAUAAAAAACAGCAGCCUGUUAGAC